AUGGCUGCGGAAGAUUGGGGUGCUCUUGGGGUUGCGCUCGAUUUUCCGGUGACGACGGUGUACCACAUGUCAGACCUGCGCCCAUCGGUCGCCCUAUUAAGAUUAGCCAGGUGCUCAAGCGGCCCGUGCACAAACAACGACCAACUCGACCUGCGCAUGGACAAGCUUACCGGCUGUCCCGACGAGGCUGUGCUCGCGAUUGCCGAGACCGCCGCGCUUGCGCACUGGAAGAAAUCAUCGGGCCCCGGCGCUGACGAGCACACGCGGCAUACGGUCGCCAUGAUGCCCACCCAGGUGAGCACCGCCCCGUCCGCGCUCGCUUGA